CAAGCUUGAUUCGAUUUUGUGAAUUGCGAGUCACAAUCGAUCUAAAUUCGAAAGAUCUCUAUUGAAAACAUUUAAUAAAAUUCUCAAAAGUUAAGUACUUUUAUGCAUCAUUCUAAAAACACGCAAAAUUAAUAUCAGUUUAAGCAAAGUUUUAAAAUAUUAGCUUAAAACUAAGUCCAAUCAUCUACAUUAAUCGAAAUCUGACAUUUGAAAAGUAGAACCUAGUGGAUCGAUCAUAUUUUUACGAUAAUCGAUGUAUCAAAUUUUUGAUUGUUACAUCCCUAGUUCCAAGCGAAUAUAAAGUUUAAACUAUGAGUCAAUACAAUAUACUUAAAAAUUAAUAAAAAUAGUAAAACUAGUGGUAUAAAUUAAUCAUUUUACAUUUUCUGGACGAAGAAGUUGAAGAAUUUCAUUAGUUUAUGUACUCUACCGUACAUUAAAAAUGACGUUCAUACCGAAUUGGGAGGAAUUUGAGAAAUCUGCGGAAUUGUUGUAUUUACGUGAUCCAAUAAACACACGUUAUACAAUUAAAUAUUGCCAUUUAAAAGGAGCUUUUGUAGUUAAAAUAACUGACAAUAAAAAGUGUCUCCAAUAUAAAACUGAAAUUCAACAAGAUGUUAGAAAAAUUGAUAGUUUCAUAACUAAUCUGAUAAGACAUAUGGCGUCUAAUGAGGUUUAAAUAAAUAUUUUUUGUUAUG